AUGAUUGGUCACCCGCCCAGGCCCUUCAGCCUUCAGCAGCUGCUGAUCUGCGUUUCGGCAAUAGCUUUCGCGUUCAGUUCUGGGAGCGUCAUCUGCGAGGCAAACCCAAGCGACUCCGUGAGGAGAGUGCUGCAGCGUUUGGACGCGCAAUCGGACAGGUACGACAAGGACCUGGCGGAGUUCGUACAGUUUCCGUCUGUUUCGGCUCUUCCCGAGCACGCUGGGGACGUUCUAGCGGCGGCCGAGUGGCUGUCAGAGAGGCUGAAGACGGCCGGGCUGCAGAAUGUGGAGCUCCUGGCUACCGAAGGGCUGCAACCAGUAGUGUACGGCGAAUGGCUGAACGCCACGGACUCGCAUGCACCGACCGUACUGGUGUACGGCCACUACGAUGUACAGCCGGUGGAUCCGCUCGAUGCCUGGGACACGCCUCCAUUUGAGGUAGUGAAGCGAGACGGCUACUUCUACGGUCGCGGGGUGGAUGACGACAAGGGCGGUCUACUGCAGGCAGUACAGGCGGUUGAGGCGUGGCUCCAGGAGACAGGUGCCGUACCGGUCAACGUCAAAUUCCUUCUGGAGGGUCAAGAGGAGAUCAUGUCCCCCCACCUGAACUCCUUCCUGCACCGCCACGCCGCCCGGCUGGCGGCCCGGCUGGCGCUGUCGGCGGACGGAGGCCAGCCGGCUCCUGAUCAGGGGGGCAUAUCACUGGGGCUCCGCGGUGUGGUGAGCUUGCAGGUGGAUGUGGUGACGGCGGAUACAGACCUGCACAGCGGCAUGAAGGGCGGGUCCUCACCCAACCCCAACCAAGUGCUAGCGGAGCUGCUGGCAGGGCUACACGACCCGACUACACGGGCGGUGGCGGAUGUGGAGCCCAUCACGGACUUGGACCGCAUGGACAUGGAGAUGUACGGCUUUGACCCUGAAAAGGAAGCCCGGGAACUGGGGUUACUCGCCCACGUUGGGGAGGAAGGAUACAGCAUCCUUGAGCAAAGGUGGCACAGACCGACCCUGGAGGUGGUUGGCAUGACCGGCGGCUUCACGGGUGCGGGUAUCAAGACCGUCAUUCCCCGGACGGCCAUGGCCAAGAUCAGCUGCCGUCUGGUGCCUAAUCAGGCACCGGGGCGGGUGCUGGAAAAGAUCCUCAAACUGGACACAACGAAAUUCGGUUGGGGCCUCAGCGAGAGGAUCCACGCGCCCAACGAACGUCUCCGUACGGACAUGUACGACAAGGGCCGGCGUGCGUGGGCCAUGCUCCUGGAGGAGCUGCCCCGGCAUGUUGUAUUCCCUGAGCCGGGGGGGGAGCCGGCGGGGGAGGCAGCGGAGGCGGGCAAAGGGCGAGUCGAGGAAGCGGGAAAAGAGAAAGCGGGGGCCGAUGUGUCCGGGGGUGGAGAAGACCUGCGAAACCGGGAAUGGACAGUAGUGCUGCCAGGGUGGACUCCACCACCUACAGCCAGAAAAUUGGGAGGUUGCCAGUGGAGGUGGCCCGCAGUGUGUGGGGGGGUGUAUUCGCGGGAGCGGAAGGGCGGGACAGCAGGCGGCUGGCAGAGGUUAAGGCCUGACUUCUGCUCCCAGUUGACCCAGUCGACCCGGGUUCAAAUCCGCCUGCCGGCUCCUCGGGUGUUUGAGGAGUGAUGAAAUGGGAGGUGGCCCCCCAUCUUAUGGACGGUGUAGGACGUGAUAAUAUCAACUUGCGAGCUGACCAGGAACUAAGUUGAUGCGCCGUUGAUCCGCUAGAUUUGGUUGGAUGCUGGUGGUGAGUUGCCGAACCCAACGAAUACAUUCUGAAGUCGGAUGGGGUGACGGAUUAGGGUGCCCCUCUAGCAGGGGAGAGCAGGGACUGCCCCGGGAAAGGGGGCCGCUGGCGAAGUUAACCACCCUGUAACAACAUACAUACACAACACG